AUGGAAGAAAAAAAGAAUGAAGGAAUAGCUAAAGAAUCAGAGAAAGACCCUGAAAAUAGUAAAGCAGAGUCAAAAGAAGACAAUAUAACUAAGAAAACUAAUAAAGGCGAGACUGGAAGGGUCGAAGUAAAGCCUGAAAGUGAAUCAACAGAGUCACAAGUGAAUGGGAAAACAAAUGGAGAAACUGUACCUGUUAGUUUGAAUGGAGAUGCUAGCAAAGAUGAGAAAUUGAGUUCUCGAUUGUCAGCUGAAAAUGGUAAACAAGAAGAAGUAAAUGGUUCCAAUGGUGACGCUGUUGUAACAGAAAAAGUCCAAGUAAUAAGGUUGAAGCUGAGGUGUCCGAUAUCAAAGUCAAAACUGUUCCGACUGAGGAGCCACGCACUGAUCCAAUAG